UUGAUAUACCAGAUGACAUGCUGCUCAUGGACUCACUUGAUCCAAUCAUGUCAAUCACUAAUGCCACAUAUCCCUCAUUGAUAGAGCAUAUGGAGGAUGAGUCUUAUUUCAAAGACCGUGCUAUAUUAUGUCCCACAAAUGAUGUUGUCAAUGAGGUCAACAAUCACAUCAUGGAUCUUCUUCCGGGAGAUUUACAGACAUAUUAUAGCUCUGAUAAAAUCUGUGAAUCAGAUUCCAGCAAAAAAAGAGAUAAAGAUGUCACAGUUGAAUUCCUUAACUCGAUUAAGUGUGCAGGAGUGCCCAACCAUGUUCUGAAGCUAAAGAAAGGGGUUCCAGUUAUGCUUCUAAGAAACAUUGACCAGAAAUGUGGUUUGGUCAAUGGAACUAGAUUGCGGGUAACACAACUGGGAACUCAUGUCAUUGAAGCAAAAGUCAUUACUGGUAAUCAUGUGGGGGGUAAGAUCUAUCUGCCAAGAAUGGUCCUUACACCUACGGAUGCUAGGUUGCCUUUUCAGUUUAAGCGAAGACAAUUUCCGAUUUCUCCGUGCUUUGGAAUGACAAUUAAUAAAAGUCAAGGUCAGAGUUUAUCUCAUGUAGGGAUCUACUUACCAAAACCAGUUUUUGCACAUGGUCAGUUAUAUGUUGCUGUCUCAAGAGCCAAAAGUAGGGGAGGCCUGAAGAUCCUAAUCAUUGACGAAGAAGGCAAGAGAGCAAAGAAAACAACAAAUGUUGUUUUUAAAGAAAUAUUUCAGAAUUUCAGACAAGAAUGA